AUGUGGAACUAUAACCCAAAUGUUCAACAAGCUCUCCCAACGAACCUGGAUUGUCAACUUCAACAGUUACUUCAAGCUAUGGUAAAUACAUUAGCACAAUCAAAAGAUCCUCUAGAAGUACUUGGUGAAAUAGGUCUUGUAGAAAUUCCAACAUUUAAUGGAGGGAAUCAAGACUCUGUGGAAUGGUUAGAAUCAAUUACACAAGCCUUUGAAGCAAACAAUAUUCAAGGAAUAAGACGGCUUGUAGUUACCGUAAUGAACACUGUAACUCCUGUACAAAUGCCCUGGAUAACUUAUCCUGUACCUUCUGCAACAAGGGACCCAAUGGAGCAGAUAGCUACAUUAUUACAAGAAAUCAUGUCAAUGGUCGAAUGCUCACCUGACGUAUUAUUCGAAAUUGAUGAAAUUGCCCAAGAAACAAGCCAUAAUAGAUAUACUCAAAUUAAUAUAAGUGGACCUAAGGAUCAAAAGGAUAAUAUGACAUCGCGUAAUGUGUCAAAACAGUGUGCAAAAGUUAAUCAGAAAUGUGAUUUGAGCGAUAACGAUCUUCAGAAAAGGUGUAGUACCUGGAUGGAUAAAGCUGCAUGCGUUGUGAGUCCACUAGGUUUGCAGAAACAUACCAAUAAGCAAGUCAGUAAUACAAAAACAGUAGAAUGUAAAGAUAUUGGUAAUAGCCUACCUUUCAGGAAUAAGAGCCCCGUAGAUAUUAA